UCGAUCUUGCUCACGGAAUGCUGGGAACCGAACCAGCGCGUACAUGGCGAUGCUGGUCCUUUUGUUCAGUCAAGCUUAUGUUUAGAAAGCCUGGCACCGAAUUCCCAGGAAUGUUCCCCACAACAAGAAGCAACAGACACCGGACGUGAACGUUAGCCACCUAGCAUGCGUUCGUGUUUUUGUUUUUGCAUUCCACGACGACAUGUCGACACUUGUCCCGCUGGAAGUGGUUGUGUGCAGCGUUUUAUCAGCUGUUGUGGACACGUUACGCAAACGUGGAGAAAUGUAAACUGAAGUUAGCGCGUAGCUAUUUCUGCUAGCGUUAGCAUCGGGCUUGCUCUGUUUACAUCCGGUGACUGAACUACUUAAUAUGAGAUAAGCUUGUGAAUAUAUAUGGAAACAUGUCGAAGAAACGAGGCAGGAAGCGUAGCAGCGAAGAGCUGAGCGAGAGCUCUGCUUCAACCUUCAGUCCAGAUCCUGACAACCUGCUGGGGCGCAGGAUCCAGCACAACUGGAGAGAGAAGGGAAACACCACCAAGUGGAAAGGCACGGUCCUGGAGCGGCUCACCGUCAACACUUCUCUCUACAUGGUCAAAUAUGACGGCUUCGACUGCGUCUAUGGCAUCGAGCUCUUCAAAGACAACCGGGUGUCAAACCUUCAGGUUCUGGCAGAGAAAGUUGUGAAUAAUAAGAUCAGGGUGCCUCCCGGGGCAGAGGAGCUGGUGGGUCGGGCUGUGGAGCAUCUGUUCGAAAAGGAAGACGGUGAGAAAAACGAGUGGCGGGGCAUGGUGCUGUCCCGAGCCCCCAUCAUGACCCACUGGUAUUACAUCACCUACGAGAAGGACCCCGUGCUUUACAUGUACCAGCUGUGGGACGACUACAAGGACGGAGAUCUGCGCGUUUUGCCGGAGUCAGAAAACAAGCACCUGCUUCCAGCCGACAGGAAACCGGGGGAGGAGCCGGAGAGUCUGGUGGGGAAGCAGGUGGAGUACGUAACAGACAACGGCCUGAAGAGGACGGGUCUGGUCAUCUACCAGGUCCCUGCCAAACCCACCGUCUACUACAUCAAGUACGACGACGACGUCCACAUCCACGUGUACGACCUGGUCAAGACCACCUAAAACUGACUGUGGGACAGCCAACCUUUUUACCUGGCAGGACCUCACCCUUCAUAGUGUUACAGUUUUUAUCUUCUCCAGCAGGAGGCGACGUGCCGAAGAUCAGAACGUUUGUUUUUUUUGUUUUUGUUUUUUUUAUUUGAACACGUUUUCUUUCAUUUUAAACAUAUUACAAGAUGUCUUAUUUUUGCAUAAUCACCUUUAAGUUAAGCUCAAUGUUCUUCGGUCACCUUAAUUGUGAAUAGAACAGGUCUGAGACCGGUUGUACAGCCCAGCAGAUGAAAUGGAGCUCGAUGGUUUUGGUUCAACCACACGUGUAUAUUUACGUCUUCAUCUCUGAAUUUUUGAUAAACUAAAUAUAAAACUAAAAGAAUUGCAUUCGCUCUGAUGCAUCUGUGUUUAGCUGGUGUUUCAUUUCACCCUUAUAUGCUAUUUAUUUCUCCGGGGAACUCGGCUGCUGGUGACAACUGCUUUGCUUUCCUGAAUAUAGAGAUUUUGAUCUCAGAUGUCACAUUGUUUGGCGUUUAUUUGUCACCUGACUGAAACUAAUGUUCUUUAUGUGAAGUUCAGCAUCUACCCUGAGAUGUUUCUGUGUCACUAUUUAUGCCUCCUGAUGUUGACAUGUUGAGCAGGCCUGCAUUAUUUGCCAAAUGUUAACUGAGAUAUUUAGGCUACAAAACGCAUUAUUAUCCAGAAUAUUUUUUUUUCGUUGUCAUGUAUAUAUAAUCUGAAAUUAUAUUAUGAUUUUAAUCCUAUUUUCCUGUCGAUUGUUGUCGAAUGCUCUUGGCUGUGGAUGUAUAGUUCUGUGUGACAAGCACAACAUGUUUUGUUUAAGUCUGACCAAAUGUAAAAGGCAUUUUUAGCAGAUUGGCUACAUGAACAUAUCUUGGUCUGUUUUGAAGCACUUCAGAGAAUGCAACGAUUGGAUUGUUGUUCCUCCCUUCUGUGAAAAUAAUUUAUAAUCCGUAUCAAUGCUAGUGUAGCUUGAAUUUGUGACGUCACCUUUACACUAUGAUGUUAUUUUUAAUUAAAACAUUUCA